CAUCUUUGCAGCUCUCGAUGUAGACGCGCUUCAGCCUUGCGAGCAAGUGCACGGCGCAUGCAUGGCACGCCUUACCCCGCCUGGGGCUUCACAGGCUUCACCACCAAGCCGAGAACACAACGAAAGCUGGCAGCCUCAGCUGGCGACAUCUUGACGCAUCACAAGGUCCUACUAGUAUCUGAGUUGGUGGACCUGCUGGUCAUUCUCUCUGUAUGCUGACGAUCUAUCGGCAGCAGGAAAGCAGCCAACAAACGCCCGCGCGACUAGGCUGUUAAGUUCAGCCUUUCGAAUACUGUUCUCAUCGCAUAUACCUACUAUACACCCAUACGAACCUAUGCGGCUCUUACAGUACAGCGAAAGCGAAGAGCUUAGCAUCCACAGCUUCGACGAUGGCGACAUACCCCCCUACGCGAUACUCUCACACACCUGGGGCGCAGAUGGCGACGAGGUGACCUUCGCAGACCUCAAGACAGGUGGUGGCAAGACAAAGCCGGGCUAUGAGAAGAUCCUCUUUUGCGGAAAACGGGCGCGGCGCGACAAUCUCCAGUACUUCUGGAUUGAUACGUGCUGCAUCGACACAACAGACAAGGCUGAGCACUCAUGGGCGAUACAGUCCAUGUUUCACUGGUACCGCUCUGCCACUAAGUGUUACGUCUUCCUCUCAGACGUGUCCAUCAACGCUGAUGGCAUAUCUGUAGGGUCCAGCUCGGAGCUUGCAUUCAGGUCGAGUCGGUGGUUCACUCGUGGCUGGACGCUUCAAGAGCUUCUCGCCCCUACUGUUGUUGAGUUUUAUUCUCAAGAAGGAAAUAUACUUGGCAACAAGAUGUCGCUUAAGCUCCCGAUUCACAAGACAACAGGUAUACCGCCUGAAGCUCUUAAUGGAACUCCGCUUCCCUGCUUUAGUAUCAAGCAGCGUCUGCAGUGGAAAAGCGACAGGCAGACUAAACGCGAUGAAGAUGCGUGGUACUCGUUAGCAGGCGUCUUAGAUGUUGAGAUUGCGCCGGCUUACGGUGAAGGAGGACCGAGCGCGUUCAAGCGUCUGAUGGAUGAGGUUCACAAGCUGGAACGAUGCACUCAAGACAUACGCCAAACAGACCCGCGCGAUGACAAGAAGCGCAUCGAAGAGACAAAAGGUGGACUGCUAGCAGACUCCUACCGCUGGAUCCUCGACAAUACCGCGUUCAGGCAGUGGCAUGAGGACAAGCACAGCCGACUGCUCUGGGUUAAAGGCGAUCCUGGCAAGGGGAAAACGAUGCUGCUGUGUGGCGUCAUCAAUGAACUACGAAGUUCUUUACCUCAGAAUACUCUUCUGUCGUAUUUCUUCUGCCAAGCGACAGAUUCGCGCAUUAACAGUGCCACAGCUGUGCUGCGGGGCCUAUUAUAUAUGCUUGUGCACCAGCAGCCGUCGCUUAUAUCGCACGUCCGCAAGAAGCACGACCACGCAGGCAAAAGUUUGUUCGAAGACGCGAAUGCCUGGGUCGCCCUAACAGAGAUCUUCGCCAACGUGCUGCAAGAUGUAAGCCUAGGCACAACGUACCUAAUUGUUGACGCGCUCGACGAAUGCGUGACAUGCUUACCAAAGUUGCUUAGCUUUAUUAUUAAGCAGUCGUCUGCGUCCUCUCGCGUUAAGUGGAUUGUGUCUAGUCGUAACUGGCCAGUUAUCGAGGAACAACUAGAGCGUGCAGAGUACAAAACGCGACUAAGUCUUGAGCUUAACGCCGAGUCUAUAGCAGUAGCGGUUAAGGUCUUUAUUCAGCAAAACGUAUGCCAACUAGCGCAAGAGAAGCGCUACACGCCAGAGGUACAAGACGCGGUGCUCCAGCACUUGUCCUCAAAUGCGAACGAUACCUUCCUCUGGGUCGCAUUAGUGUGCCAAGACCUUAAAGCGACGCCGAAGUGGGACGUGCUGGAGAAGCUAGCCCAGUUCCCGCCUGGUUUAGACUCACUUUAUAGGCAGAUGCUAGAUCAGAUACGCAAGCCCAGUAGCGCUCGAAGAUGUCUGCGCGUGCUGGCAGUGACUGCUGUCCUAUAUCGACCCGUUACAGUUAGUGAGCUAGUUGUGCUUACUAAGCAGCUUGUAGACCUUGUUGAUGACCUAGAGUCUGUGCGGGAGAUUAUUAGUCUCUGCGGAUCAUUCCUCACGCUGCGUGAUGACACAGUCUACUUUGUGCAUCAGUCAGCCAAGGACUUCCUCAUCACACAAGCGUUAAAUGAGGUCUUUCUAGAUGGUAUAGAAUGUGUACAUCAAGACAUCUUCGCGAAAUCACUUGCAAUUCUGCAUAAGACACUAUGCAGAGAUGUAUAUAACCUUCAAGCACCUGGAUAUACUAUAGAGGAUGUCGAGCCACCUCUUCCCGAUCCUCUAGCCGUGUCACGCUAUCCAUGUGUGUACUGGGUUGACCACUUCUGCGACUUAAAACCUAGUGCUACUAAUCAAGAAACCACUAGGGCUAUAGGCGCAUUUCUUGAGCAAAAAUAUCUCUACUGGCUAGAAGCGCUCAGCUUGUGCAGAAGCAUGGCCAAAGGGGUAGUCUCGAUAACAAGGCUAUGGGAUCUAGUCCAGGGACUUGGAGACACGGAUGUAUUGAACAAGAUCGUGUACGACGCACGACGAUUUAUUAUGUCUUAUAAGGAGGUAAUCGAGAACUACCCAUUACAAGCUUACGCAUGUGCUCUGCUAUUCAGUCCAACUAAUAGCAUAGUAAGAAGGUUAUUCCAGCAUGAAGAGCCUAGGGGAGUAACCAUCAAGCCAGCUAUGGGUAAUGGCUGGAGUGCGUGCCUGCAGACGCUCGAGGGCCAUAGCAGUAGUGUUAGCUCGGUGGUCUUCUCGCACGACUCGACCCAGCUAGCGUCAGCGUCAAGUGACAGCACUAUCAAGAUCUGGGACGCGAGCAGCGGGACGUGUGUGCACACGCUCGAGGACCAUAGCGGUCCAGUUACAUUGGUGGCCUUCUCGCACGACUCGACCCAGCUAGCGUCAGCGUCUUGGGACAGGACUGUAAUCGAGAACUACCCAUUACAAGCUUACGCAUGUGCUCUGCUAUUCAGUCCAACUAAUAGCAUAGUAAGAAGGUUAUUCCAGCAUGAAGAGCCUAGGGGAGUAACCAUCAAGCCAGCUAUGGGUAAUGGCUGGAGUGCGUGCCUGCAGACGCUCGAGGGCCAUAGCAGUAGUGUUAGCUCGGUGGUCUUCUCGCACGACUCGACCCAGCUAGCGUCAGCGUCAAGUGACAGCACUAUCAAGAUCUGGGACGCGAGCAGCGGGACGUGUGUGCACACGCUCGAGGACCAUAGCGGUCCAGUUACAUUGGUGGCCUUCUCGCACGACUCGACCCAGCUAGCGUCAGCGUCUUGGGACAGGACUGUCAAGAUCUGGGACGCGAGCAGCGGGGUGUGUAUGCACACGCUCGAGGGCCAUAGCGAUUAUGUUACCUCGGUGGACCAUAGCAGUCCAGUUACCUCGGUGGUCUUCUCACACGACUCGAUCCGGCUAGCGUCAGCGUCUGACGACAGGACUGUCAAGAUCUGGGACGCGAGCAGCAGGACGUGUAUGCACACGAUCAAGGGCCAUAGCGAUUAUGUUAGCUCAGUGGUCUUCUCACACGACUCGACCCAGCUAGCGUCAGCGUCUUGGGACAGGACUGUCAAGAUCUGGGACGCGAGCAGCGGGGUGUGUAUGCACACGCUCGAGGGCCAUAGCGAUUAUGUUACCUCGGUGGCCUUCUCACACGACUCGAUCUGGCUAGCUUCAGCAUCAGACGACAGGACUGUCAAGAUCUGGGACGCGAGCAGCGGGACGUGUAUGCACACGCUCGAGGGCCAUAGCGGUCCAGUUACAUUGGUGGCCUUCUCACACGACUCGACCCGGCUAGCGUCAGCGUCAGGCGACAGCACUAUCAAGAUCUGGGACGCGAGCAGCGGGACGUGUGUUCACACCCUUGAUAUUCGCAGGACUCUUCUCAACAUAUCUUUCGACUCUACUGGCACCCGUCUUUACACAGAAGCAGGCACUAUUGCUAUUUCUUCUUUCCAGAUUUCUAGCAGUAUAGAUAUUGCAGCAUCGAAACCACAGUACCGAAAUGUCAGUUUGAGUUCAGAUAGUAUCUGGGUGAUGCACGCUGGAAGUAACAUACUAUGGAUACCGUCCGAGUAUCGACCGUCAAGCUUGGCUGUGAGUGAGACCCAAGUAGGCAUAGGAAUAGGAUCAGGAAGGGUCUGGUUUUGUCAGGUGACUUAGGCAGGGAACGAUAGAUGAAUGGUGUCUUUGUAAAUUUCUAUAUCUUUAUAUAUAACUAUUAAGAAUGUCCAGGCUAUACAAC